AUGAUUGGAAAUUUAAUUUCGAAGCUAAAAAGCGUUAUUGACUCUUUUCCAGAGCUUACUGCUUUAACAAAUGAAAUCGAUAACAUACAGAAAGCAGAAAAUAAGAGAUUAGCUGGAUUACAACAAGCUUUUGGUUCAAAUUUAUCCGAAUUUGCAAAAUCGACCGGAGAUGAAAUCAAAGUACCGUUAUUGGAACUUCAAAAUAGUGCAAAUAUGCAAGUAUCUUUACUCAGACGUCUUUUAACUUCAACUUCAUCUUUUCCAUCUGAUAUUAAACAAAUAUCUAGCUUUCAUGAUAAUAUAGAAAAGCAUAGAGCAGCAUUACAAGCAUCUCAAACAAAGUUACAACAAAAAGAAAAAGAAGUUCAGAAAAUGUCUGAAAUGCUUGAUAGAGAACAGAAAAAACAGUUAACACUAUUUGAGAGGUCUAAUACACAAGCGAAACUUGAUGAAUGCUCAUUGAAAAUGCAAGAAUAUAUAGAUGAAAAUCAAAGAUUACUUGUUGAAGUUCAUCAGCUUGAAUAUGAAUAUAGAAAAACCAUUAUGCAGAUAGUUAUAACUGCAUACGAAACAUUUUCCACUGCAAAUUAUCGUGCUUACAGCGAAUUUCCAAAUACUUCCUCAAAAAUCGAAGCUUUUGCUAAACAAAUUACUGCACAAACUGAUAUUUCGUGCGAAGACCUACAGAAACAGCUAAAUAUAUAUGACCAUGAACUUGAUUUAAUCAAGAACGAAGAAGAUCCAAAACCAAGAUAA